UGUUUAUCUGUCUCUGUGUUUUGCCGAUAUCAAUAUUUCUUUGUCUCUGCCCUUUAUUGUCUCUUCAUCUCACAUUCUCUCUGUUUAAUAUACAGACCGUGUGAAUGUGAGGUUGGUUGGUGGUCACAGUCGCUGUGCUGGUAGAGUGGAGGUUCUUCAUAGAGGUCAGUGGGGAACAGUGUGUGGUGAUGGUUGGGAUAUGGCUGAUGCUGCAGUGGUGUGUAGAGAACUGGACUGUGGAGAACCUGUAGAUGCUCUGGCUAAUGCACACUUGAUGGGUGCUGCUCAUUUUGGACCAGGAUUGGAAACAAUUUGGAUGAGUGUUGCCAUGUGUACUGGAUCAGAAUCUACACUAAAGAACUGUGGGUCAUUAGGACAGGUUGAACAAGGCUGUGGUUCUUAUGGAGAUGCUGGAGUCAUCUGCUCAGGAGUCCGGCUGGUUGGAGGUUCUCGCUGCUCUGGGAGGUUAGAGAUCCUUCAUAACCAGACGUGGAUGUCAACCGUGUGA